AUGGAUACAUUCAAAGAUUCAAUAUUUAAUAAAUAUAUUGAUAUAUUUUAUAACUAUUUAAUUCUUUUCCUAUUAACCCACAUUUAUUAUUCUAACUCCCUUCCUUCGUGAGCGAACAAAAACCAUUGGAAAAGUCCCUAUUUUUGCCCAAAAACCCACCCUCCGUGAGCGAACAAACAUUUUUUAAUAUAAAAACUUUUAUUUAAAAAUUAAUUUUUGAUAUAUAAGCGAGAAUUAUCAUAACGAAAUCUGUAGCUAAUUCUGUUUUAAUUUAAGCAGCUUGAAUUCUAAAAUAUAUAUUUUAUAAAUUAAAUAAAUAUUUGCUUUCUAAUUGGGAUUUUUUUUAAUUUCAAAAAAAAGUUUACUAUAAAAUUUAUAAUGAGCGUUUUAAAACAAAAAUUAACCCCCUCUGCGAGCGAACUAAAAUUUUUUUGUUUGCUCUUGGAAGGGGGGAGUAAAUGAACCAUUUUCCUCUUGAUACUCCUUUUUUUACAAAUUCAAAAGAUGCAAAAAGUGGAAGACUCAAAUAGCAUACUUAUUGAGCCAGCCUUAUCUUCCUCAGAACAUCAAAAUAGGAAGAUUUGCAAUUGCCGUAAUUCUCAUUGCUUGAAAUUAUACUGUGAAUGCUUUUCAUCAGGAGAUUAUUGUAAAGACUGCAAUUGUUCUGAUUGCUAUAAUAAUAAAAAUUAUGAGCUUUUUCGAACUAAGGCGAUACAGACCACUCUUGAGCGCAACCCAAUCGCAUUUAGGCCGAAAAUCAGUCUCGAGGCAGAUAAAGAAGGCCAACAUAUAAGAGGCUGUGCAUGCAAGAGAUCGAGCUGCCUCAAGAAGUAUUGUGAGUGCUUCCAAGCAGGGAUUUUAUGUUCUGACAACUGUAAGUGUAAGGACUGCAGAAACUACGAAAAAGAUAUCACUAAUGAUCAUAGUCCUCAUUGUAGUCCAGAUACUAAUGAUGGAGAUGAAAGCACAGGUAUGGCACAUAUUGCUGGAAAGGGAAAAAUAUUUUUAGUGGAGUGACUAUCUGGGACUGCAAAAAAUUUUAAUAGAGAAAAUUAUGAUUAUGUGAUGGAAAAAGAGGAAAUUCAAAGCAAUGAAAUAGUGCAUAUGGGAUAUGAGGAAAGCGAAAGAUUUCUAUAUGAAAAACUGAUUAACUUUCUAAAGUAA